AUGCCGUUCACAUUCGAUGCAGAAGCUGUUUGCGGUGUUAAGCUGACUACUUCCGCUGGUAUUCUUGUGGCGGCUACUGCUGCUACUUCUACUGCUACUACUGCUACUGUCGUCCACUCUACCACUGGUGACUCCAAGUCCUCAACGGUAUCCGCCUCUACUACUACAGUAAUAUCUUUGACGAGUACUCAGCCGAUUUCUUCUGCACAAAGUCAGACUAGUUCAGCCGGUUCGACGCCGGCUCCUACCAAUGCCGCAUCAGGAAAGAGUGUUAUUCUGAACACUCUCAUGAUUAUAGUUGCUUUAUCUGCUGUGUUAUUGUGUUGA